UGAAUGCAGAAGGUAAAAUAUUUGACUUGUUUGUAAAUGCUAUCUAAUUGUGAAUCAUUCUAUGUCUUGAUGGCACCCGUAUGACUCUAUCUUCGUUUAGGAAUCCUAGAGAAAACAUAUGGAAGGAAGAAAAAUACAUUGUUUUCCAAUCCCAGUUGAUGUUACUGUUUAAAUUUUGCCAUGUUUGCAAGGCAGAUAACCCGCUCGUAGAAAUGGUAACAGAUGGUACACUAGUUGUUGUCAAAACAACCUGUGGAAACCCCGCGUGCGAUAAAAGGAAUAACAUCUGGAAAAGUCAGCCACUUUUGCCAAACACAAAAGUAAAUGGCUUCCUUUUAAGUUUUGCCAUACUUGUUUCUGGAGGAUCUUCCACCAAAGUGAUCAACAUGUUUCGACACAUGGGGCUUGCUACAAUAUCUAAUGAGUCUUUCUAUAGACACCAAGUGAAAAUGGUGCUUCCGACAAUCUUUCUUCACUGGAAAGACUAUCAAAGAAAGAUUCUUGAUAGAUUACAGGCUCUGGAAUCAAUUACCAUUUCUGGUGACGCACGACAUGACAGCAUGGGUCAUAGUGCAAAAUAUGGUGCUUAUACCAUAUUUUGUUGUACUUCAGCUGAAAUAAUCAAUUUUAGUUUGAUCCAGAGAAAUGAGGUUGGAAGCAGCACAGGAAUGGAAUUCGAAGGUUUUCAGAGGUGUUUGAAUUUUUUGUUGGAUGAUGGUCUGAACAUUUCCACAAUGGUGUCAGACAGGCAUCAAACCAUUGCUAAAUACAUGAGAGAGAAACAACCAAGAAUUACCCACUAUUUUGACCUAUGGCACUUGAAAAAAAAGUUACACAAGGUAUUGAACAAACUUGCAAAAGAGGCAGAUUGUGAAGAACUGGCCGAAUGGGUAAAGCCGUGCAUUAAUCAUUUUUAUUGGAGUGCUACAUCAACACAUUCAGGAAAUGGUAUGGUUAUACUUGCAAAAUUCAAGUCAUUCCUGAGUCAUGUCAUUGACAAGAAUGAUGGAUUAGAUGAUCCAUUGUAUGAUAAAUGUGCUCAUGGUGAACUGACUCCAAGAAAGUGGAUUCUUCUUGAUUCUCCAGCUUACAUAAAGCUAAGCCAGUCCUUUGUAAAGGGCUUUAAGCAAGCUUCUCCUUUGGAGCAAACUAGUUGUUUGGAAGGAUUCCACUCAACCAUAAACCAGUUCUCACCAAAGAUGAAUGCAUAUUCAUUUUCUGGUAUAUAUUGCAGGUAGGUUAUUAUGUCAAAACAACAAAUGUUGAUUGUCAGUGGUUUGCUAAUUUUCUAAGACACAUCUACCUCAUAUUAGGCACAUCCUAACUGCUAUU